CAGGUAGCGGCGAUGCCUACAGUGUCUGCAGUGUGCUGAAAACCUCCAAAUGCACGGAUACCUUGCCGCGUCUUUAGCGUUACUAUUACCAUACUACAAUGACGUAUUUGGCACGGGGCGGGAUUUGUCACGGCGAACUCGCAAAAAAACAUUCGCCCCCCACAACAGUUCAGGUUGGCAACAUUGGUGUGAGUGCGACAAGAAGCGCCUAGAGCAGGCUACACAUUUUCGGUUCAGGAUAAAAAAUCGUGAAAAAGGUCAAAAUACCCCCAAUAACGGAAGACGUCUUGUCAACUGGCGGGGGAUUACCGCUGAGGUUGCUGAUGGACGAUGAAGAGGACGACAUGUUUCGGCCUAUCUCGCGCUGCUGGGGAACCCCUUUCAUGGACGUUAAAUUCGAGGACCGGACCACACAGACAAACAGCUCUGCCGUGGCUCCAGGGAGAGGGAGCGCCAUGCUGCCCUGCCGAUUAGCACAAGAGCCCAGGCCAUUCUUCCGCGGCAACGCUGGGUUUCGCUGGCACUUCCCCGCACUCUUUGAGCCCACCCGGGGCCUCGGGGGCUUCGAGGAUGAGCGGGACGCUCCGCAGCUGGAGGGACAUGAGGUGGAGGAGCAGGAGCAGGGGGAAGAGGACCCCAGAUUAGCCCAUGGGCUGGCCGAGGAGGCCCACAUGAGCGUAGAGGCGCAGAUCGGGCGCAAGCUGCGCGAGAUCGGGGACCAUUUCAACCAAGAUCAGCUGCAGCUGCUAGCCAGACACCAAAGAGAUCAUCUGCCGCUGUGGUGGCGUGUGGGCACGACUGUCUUCAGCUACCUGUUCCAGAGGGUAGACCUGGCCCCUCCCCCACAAGGCAACCCAAGAUGAGAGGGGGCCACAGGGGGACUCAACCACACUCCUAAGAGACUUUUUUCUGAUGGCACUGUAUGACUUUAUGACGGGUUUGGAUUGAACUGAUGGAAUAAAUAACUUAACAAGACUGACCAAGAGGAGGGAGGGGUGGGGAUGAAGAACUUGGCGGUCACCGCAGGACGGUGACUGAAUCUUUUUUUUCGUUGGUUCGUUUUUUUGUUUUUCAACUUUAUGAAGAAGCCAUUCUGUGUGAAGAGCUAUUUUUAACAAAACAAAAAACAAAUGUAAGAUAAAGUAUUUUGUUCAGUACGUUGAAACGUAUUUUUUUGUUUUGUUAUUAUUUUCAUAUUUUCACCGUUAAGGACCUUUGAUAGUUCAGCUAUUGCCUUACUACUUCCUGCAGCAGUGGAAUGACUUUGGGAAAGAAAUACAACAACAAAAAAUGGUGGCGAUCGGGGAAUAGAAGAACAGGAAGGGAAAGCUUGGCGGAGAUCCCGUGCUGAAGCAUCUGAACUUUAUGAAAUGACCACAGUGCACUAUUGAUCCCACCAUAGUUGCGUACGGUUCCUUGCUGGCUUAUUUGGACAGGUUUCUCUUCUGUGGUACUGAAUUGUUCUUAGAUAAUAGGUCAGUUUGACUUAUUUGCCAGUGGCUGUUGACUGAGAUUUUCUCAACUCUCCUUUUGCCUGUAUCUUGAAAGCGUUUUAUCUGCCAGCGGUCUUUAAACCUGGAUCCAUUUGGACCUUUAAGGUCUCAAUAUGCUGGUCUUUUUAUACAGAGCAGACCGGGAGACGUACGCUUUUUAUAUAGCCCUGUCUUGUCAAUUGUGGCCUAGGCCAGCCUUUGUAACCACAAUAAGAACUGUCUUGUGAAUUCUCACUGAGAAACAAAAAUGUGUUUUUUGAAAACAUUUUCUGUGAAUGCUCUUUCUUACCUGAGACGAAGCAGUUAAAAAAAUGAAUUUUGAAAUUUUGAACAUUUACUGUGAGCACAAAAUUAUUUUGCAAAAAAAAAAAAAGGCAGAUGACAAAUCGAACAGACUAAACCUGUGGUGGUUUUUAAAGGUGCUAUCGUUCGGUUAUGACACAGUUCGACCACUUUUACAAGUUCUCUUGGCCUUUGCAUUGAACUCACGUACACAACUGAGUGUAUGUACGUUCAAAAGGAUGUUUUUUUUUUAUUUGUACGAGUCUUUUUGAACACUCCUUCAACGGGUCUAAUUGCACUCGAGCGGAUAAGCCCUGCCUGGCCCUCCGGAGCCAUGUGGCUAUGAUGGAAGCCAGUGGUUGCUUGGAAACCUUAGAGAUCAAAUGCUGUUGCAGUCAGAUCGGCACAAAUAACGUCAGAUUCCUUUGGAUCAAUCAUCCGUCUGUGGGGGGGGGAAAGGUUAAGAAUUAAAUGAAAUAGCAGAGGAAAAUGUUUUAUGAAGAUUUCACAACAGAAGAUGACAUUUAUAUUGAGAUAUUUUUUACAAAAGUAAUUGAAGACAUCUGAUAUGUUUGUUUAGCUUCUUAUUCUUAGUCACAAGUUCUCAGUAGUGUAAAACACCUGUUAAGAGUCAGACACAAAAACAAACAAAAACAAAAGUGAACUUGCCUCUGUAAAGAAAAUCUCAGGGGGUUGGUACAUUUAGACUUGGGAAGCAUUUCACUGUUCCGAACAUUCAACUUUCUUUUUGUAAAGCCAAGACUGAAUGACAUUGGAUAAACACAGAGAUUAAUCUCAUCCCAAUUUAAACAUUCCAUCCUUCAUUGCCCAGUCCAGUAGUUUUCUGGUUAAACUGAACCAUUUCAGUCUGUAAGAGAUGGGUUUCUUAAGCCCACAUAGUUAUGAUGUAAUUUCCUGUACAUUCCCCUAGCUUUGAAUUUGCUUACCAAUGGAGCAGUGUUCAGGGUGUUAGGAGAAAUGUCUCAAGUCUGUGAUGCUGUGUUCACUGAGCCAUUCAUGGAAAGGCUGUGUGUGAGCUCUCCCUUCUCACAGCACGUACUCUGUGUUCAUCCAAAUGUCACUUCUUCUCAACCUCUCAUGUUUUUUUAUAUUAUUUGCAUCAAGUCAUUGUAGUUUCUUUGAAAUAAUUUAUUCUAAUUUAUUUGGUGUAUAUUUGCUCAGUGCUACUAUAUAUUUGAAUUUCUGGAUAUGUGCCGGUUCCUUGUGAGCAUUCAGUGUGCGAAGUUUGGUGUGCCUCUAACAACUGUGGGUCAGAGAAAGAAAAAAAACAACAACUAUAGACAAUCAAAAAGACAUCAAAUGUGCCUUGUGUCCAGCAGACCAGCAACACAAUCAGCCUGUCUCUGCAGUUCGUUUUCUACGCGAGACAAAACAAUCUCAAGGCUUUGAAUGGGCGGAUACUAGUCAGGAUUAAACAGUUCAUGUCGAUAUGCUGUCACCUGUCCAUUUUGACCUCUUAGUUUCCAUGGCCCACAGUCUUUUGCCCCAAACUGUAAUAUCAAAAAGACCGUCUGCGACAACUGUGCACCGGAAAGUCUUAAAAAAAAAGACAUGUUUUUUAUACCUCGUUGUGUUCUCUGAGUUUGACCUUCUAUUCUUACUUUCACAAACAACCUUGUAGAAGUGUUGGAUAAACUUAAUGAAAUUCUAUGUUGUGGGGUACACCUGGCCCAAAACAGUUUUUUAGUCAAUGCCAUCUGGCUACUGAGGGUUAGUCAGUUUCUUUUUGUCAAAAUUAGACAGGAAAGUAAGAAUAUGUUCAGUAUUAUCUUCUGGAAGGUUCAUAUUGUCCAGGUUGUGUCCUCUCUCCAAAUUCCCCCUAUUAUUAGUGAAUCUAUGUCAUGCUUGCCUUUAAAAGGCAGUUGUCAGUGUCAGUUCAGUUUUUGAACUCAAAAUGAUUUGUCCCCCCCCCCCC